UAGAAAUUUAAAUCCGCGGAACGGGCGCGGUGUGUUAGUGAGUAUCAGUGCUCUGAGCCGAGGAUGUAGCGACCGGCGCCUUUCCUCACCCACUGGAAGGGAGAAAUGGGAGGACCCAGUGGUGCCCAUUAACCCACAGCCUUUCUCAGUCUUUGCAAUGACUACGCUUUGGAAAGAUAUUUUGCAAAAUGUGCAGCUCAUUCAAUAUGUGGCUCCUAUUGCAAUAGACGUAGCAUUACUUGAAGGUGUUCUAAUGAGGACUAAAGAUGACCCCAAUGCUUCUGAUGUUGUGAAUUUUGCACCUUUUACACUGUUCCCAUCUCCAGUACCAGCAAGUCUGCUUGAACAAGCCUAUUCCGUUCAACAAGAUUUUAACCUCCUAGUGGAUAAAGUUAGCCAGGAUACAGAAUUUCUAGAGUGCACUCUUGCCAGUAUCCUUAAAGUGGAUGACUUUACAGCUCAACUGUUUAAAAUUUACAAGCAGGUUUUGGAUGAAGGAAUUGCUCAGUCAUUGGUUUUAGGAAUCAAUCGCUCUGAUUACAUGUUUGACUAUGGGGCAGAUGGUUCUCCAGCUCUAAAACAAGUAGAGAUAAACACCAUUGCUGCAAGCUUUGGAGGCCUCACAUCUCGAACCACUACAGUACACCGGCAUGUGCUGAAUGUUUUGGGGAAAUCAAAGGAAGCCUCAAAAUUGCUUUCCAAUAAUCCAUCGAAAGGAAUUGCCAUGGGCAUUGCAAGAGCUUGGGAACUCUAUGGCUCAGAUAAAGCAGUGGUGAUGUUUCUGGUUGAAGAGGCUCAGAGAAAUAUUUUUGACCAACGUUGUAUAGAAAAUGAACUAUGGAUAAGGAAUAUCAAGGUGAUCCGAAAAAGUUUUAAAGAUGUGUUUGAAAAAGCAUCUUUGGACAGUGAAAAGAAACUGUAUAUAGAUGGGGAGGAAGUAGCAGUGGUAUAUUACAGGGAAGGCUAUAUGCCAGGAAGUUAUAAUGAACAGAACUGGGAGGCACGGUUAUUGCUGGAAAAGUCCAGAGCAGUUAAGUGUCCUGAUAUAGCUACACAGCUGGUUGGAACCAAAAAAGUUCAGCAGGAGCUCAGCCGACCAGGAAUCCUGGAAAGAUUCUUGCCCAGUGAACCAGAAGCAGUGGCUCGAUUGAGAGCAACAUUCACAGGUCUCUACUCCUUGGAAAUGGAUGAAGAAGGUGAUAAGAUGGUUGCCACAGCUAUUGCUGACCCAGACCGAUUUGUGUUAAAACCACAAAGAGAAGGAGGAGGGAAUAAUCUCUAUGGGGAUGAGCUCAAGCAAGUUCUGGAAAAAAUUAAGGACAGUUCUGAGAGGACUUCUUAUAUUCUCAUGGAUAAGAUAAAGGUUCUCCCAACACUAAAUUAUUUAUUGAGGGCUCAUUGUCCACUGAAAGUAUCAGAAUGUGUGUCUGAAUUGGGAAUCUUUGGAGUUUAUAUCAGACAGGGUCAAAAAUUUGUGAUGAACAAGCAUGCGGGCCAUCUCUUGAGAACAAAGGCUAUGGAACAUGCAGAUGGUGGAGUAGCAGCUGGUGUUGCUGUCUUGGAUACUCCCUAUGUGAUAUAAAAAGGACACAUUUUUAAAGGCAUGAUUGCCAAAUAGCAGAUUUUGUAAUCAAACUUAUAACAAUUCUUUUUAAUAAUUUGCAGUCCUGCUCAGAAAAUAGAGGAUUCUAAAUUACCUACAUUGAAAUUUUCUACUAUAUCCUGUCAAAGAUAACACCUCAUGGACCUAAUAUGCUUUUAACAAUCAUGGUCAACUGGCUGAUAAGCAUCUCCUGAAAGAACAUGUGGAUUUCUGAUAGCAAAAAAUAUUAUUGAUAACUUUACAUAUUCAAGAUGUAAUUCUAUUUUUCUCAAAGUAGCAUUAAGGAAUGAAAUACUUUCAGAAUUACAUUUUUUGGGGGGAAACUUCCUGUUUCACUCUGUUUCUGCCUGAAAAUGACCUGAGAACAAAUAAGAAUCGUGUAUUCAUGUUGGUUUUUAUGGUGCUUUUGAUGAGCUCCUUUGAAAGAUGCACAAUCACUAACAUUCGGUAAAGGGACAUAAUAAAAAGCAUAAAAUCAUUUCAGUUUCAAUGAUUCACUGCACCCAUCCAUGUUUUAUAAAGCAACAAACCUAAGAAAAAGGUGAAAGGAGUGUUUAGUAGGAAAUCAUUUCAAAACCAGCUCUUAACAUGCAAAACGUCUAUUGCAGCCAGCUUUGCUAGAACUAAUUUGAGCUAAAAAUAAUAGUGAAAGACUCAUCAGUUCUGACUAUCUCAUGUCUGAGUAACUGAUAGGUUACAAAAAAAAUGUGUCAAUACUUCUUGAAAAAAAUAGCAAAUGUGUAAUAAGUUUAGAAAACAGAUCAUCUGAUGUGAGGAACAUAUGUGUUAAUGUAGUGUGUUUUUUAACUGAGAUUCUUAAAUCUCCAAAUGCUGUGAAACAAUGGAAUUUGUCUUGUGGCAGAAAGCAGAAUAUUCUUCUUGUAAUAGCAUUGACCGUAUACUAUCUUUUCAGCCUUUCACACCUUAUCACUUUGCUUUAGAAAGAUGACAUCUCUAUAUAUGUCUCUUUUAUUCAAGAGCACUAUCUCACUUUGCACGUGGAUAUCUUGACUACAGCCUUACUCAGUGCAUUUUAGAGGACAGCCCUGGAGAAUUAAUGGAGCUAUAUGAGGACAUAAGCAUUAAGAAUCAGUGGAAUAAUUUUCUAAAUAAUAUACUUGAUAUCGAUUGGAAAAUAUUCUGAAAAAUAAUUGGUGACAAUUAUGUGUCUGCUACCCCCACUUUUCCUCCUAAGGUUCUAGCCUAGGACCAGUGGGGGUUUUAUUAGCGGGGGGGGGGGGGCUCAUAACAUUCUGACCUGUUUACCAGUAUUAUAUUUGUAAAGUUGGAAAUAUUUUAUAGUGUGAUAUUUGAUAUGCAAUGAUAAAUCCUACAUUUUAACAAACCAGCAAGUCUAGUUACUGUCAUCAGCAUAUAUGAAAGACAGCAAUUUGGUAUGACUAUAUAGCCAUGUAUGGCCUUACUAAGUGUAAACUGUAGAUUUAUAUAGUCACAAUUUGAAAAAGAAUAAGUGGACUUCAAAUCUGAAGCUUUGAGUAGACAAAUUCAUAAUCCACCAGUACAACCCUUCCAUAAUGCAGAAGAAAUGUUACUGAUUUUUGCCUGCAUUUUCCUUUAGCUUUAUUAUGUAAUUUAGAAUCAACUACAAGUUAGUAGACCAUUUUCACUAUGUUUGAAGCAAAUGAAAUCAAUAGAUCACAUUUUAUAUGCACUUUUAUCUGCCCUUGUUGAUAAAAGUUUACUGCAACCAAUUAAUAAUAGAUACCAUAACAAGGAUAUGCUUUGGAUUCAAAGCAAAAACACGCUCUGGGACACAGUGACAUGUACACAACACAGCUUUGCAAUUAUUUAAAGCAGUCAUCUCUUCUUGGGAGUGCAUGGUUGAUGUCUGCAACUGCAACACACGCCUAGAAAAAGAUGUACUUGGUUUAGGAAGAUGCAGCCAGAUGAUGGUACAUGCGCCAAAUCACCUGUUUGCCUCUGAAUCCAAAGCAAUGCACAACCCUUAGAACGAGUCCCAAUUUGAAAACAGGUAGUCUUCAACUUACAACAGUUUAGUAAUUGUUCAAAGUUACAACAGCACUGAAAAAAAGUCUUACGACCAUUUUUCACAGUUACAACCAUUCCAGCAUCUCCAUGGUCACAUGAUCAAAAUUCAGCCCCUUGGCAUUUUAGUCAUAUUUAAGGUACCCUUUGCUACCUUCUGAAAAGCAAAAUCAAUGGGGAAGCAAGAUUUACAUAACUGU